CCCAAGAGCUGAUAUGGGCAGGCCUGAGCGUGCGCAGCGAGGGCCCCGCUCGCGCGGCACGCGGUCCCAGCGCUGGAACUGAUAACGCUGGGGACCCAGUCUCGAUGAGCAGCGGUACAAAGCCUGCUGCCACUGACGGCCGUUCCCGCACGCGCUGGAGUCCAGCGCCCAUGGUUGGGGGGCGGAAAGAUACGGAUACGUGUUGUCCUCGGACCUCUCUUGGGGUGCGUUCUGACCAGAAUUUCGAGGCGAAUCCAGCGGUGACAACGAGGAUUCCCCAGGAGGACCAGGAAAGGCCGAAAACGAAGGGGGACAACACGUAUCCGUAUCUUUGUCUCCCCCGACAUGGUCGGACGUGGGAGGGCGCCGCGGCACAGAGCUGCGGAGGUUGUGCUCGUGCUGCCGCGACCGCACCGCCCAGCAGAGCAGCUCUGGCUCGGACCAGCGAGAGCUCGGCCUCCCUGGUCGGGACAGGAGGCAUUCCCGCACGCGCUGGCCCAGACCUGGUAGACUCGGGCUCUCUCGUGCGCGACGAUGCCAGCGUCGUAGCCGAUGGCAGCGAAUCCCACACCUCGCCGAGAAGCACAGAUGGCCCGCUGGACUGCUCGCUAAUCUCGUACGCCAUGUCUCCAGCACUUUGGCUGAACUUCCGAAGGCUGCGAAGAGCUCGCGAAAGCUACUCAUGCCGCGGUCGACGCAAAGACCGAACAUCUGAGGAGAGCUCCCCUGCUCGUACCGGAGAGCAGCCGGCCCCCAGGGUUCAGACAGCCUGCCUUCUCGCACGCGCUGACCUCAACGUUGAAGAUGUCGCGGUCUGGCUCCAGAUUCGCUUCGCACAUCUCGCUGAGCAACGAGAGUGCCCGCUGCCACUGCUGGCCUUGCUCGCACGCGCUGACCCUGAUCCCAACAUUGUAGCUGUGACGUCGGGCUCCAGCUUCGCCUCCCACAUUUCGCUGAGCAGCGCCAAGAGCCCGCUGCCACUGCUCGCCCUUCUCGCACGCGCUGACUCCAGCAUUGUAACUAUGACGUCGGGCUCCACCUUUGCCUCGAGCAUCUCACUGAGCAGCGCCAGAGCCGGCUGCCAUUGCUCGCCCUUCUCGCACGCGCUGAUGCCAGCGUUGUAGAUAGAUGACGUCGGGCUCCAUCCUCGCAUCCCACAUCUCGCCGAGCAGCAACAGGGCCUGCUGCCACUGCCCGCCCUUCUCGCAGGCGCUGAUCCCGGCGCUGUAGCUGA